GACUUCCUGCGCAAGAUCCCCUCCAAGCUCCUGGUGGCGGAGCUCUACCAGCAGUGGAUGGCCGCCCUGCAGAAGAGCAGCAGGGAGGAGAGGCUGGUGGGGCUGAAAGAGGUGGCCCGCAAGUUACCCGCGGCCAACCUCCUCCUCCUCAACACCUUGCUGCGGCUGCUGCAGAACAUCAGCAGCAACGCCACCGUCAGCAAGAUGACAGCCAGCAACCUGGCCAUCUGCGUGGGGCCCAACCUCCUCGGCCCACCAGAGGAGGACACGCUCCCUCUGGACACGCUGGUGCAGGCGACAGCCAAGGUGACCCAGCUGGUAGAGUUCCUCAUCAACCACCGGGAGGAACUCUUUGAGGCCGAGGAGGAGCGGGAGGAGGAGGAAGAGGGGGCUGGGCUCGCCGCUGAAGGGGCCGAGGAGUCGCCGGCAGCAGGAGCAGAGGCGGAAACUGCAGAGAUGCCUGCAGUCGAUGAAGAAGGCGAAGCUCGGAAUAGCUCCUCUGGGCAGAGCAGAGGCUGGAGUCUAAAAGACAGUACCAACCACCACCUUUUAGCCAGGUACUCUGUGAAGAACAAAGUUGGUGUGAAAAAGCUGGAGUUAGGGAAAAAAGACAAAGGACGGAGUUCGAGUGAAACUCCGUCUCUGGACUCUGUCACCAGGGUGCAGCCUCUUUCUCCCCAUCCCGUAACAAAAGAGAGAGCCUUUCCGCCUGCACCACUGCUUGGGCUGGAGGAAACAUGCCCUCCUCAUCCUCAUGGCAGUGGCAACAGGAGACGUGCGGCAAGAGCGUGGGACCGACUGUGGAUGGCAAGGGUACGGGCAUGA